CAAAGAAGGCGUCAUCACAGACAGGGCACCACUAGAGGCAACAACUUACUCCAGGAAAUUCUCUAUAAGCAGAAAGGCAUGACACCCAAACGCUUUCCUGCCUACCAAGUGAUUGAUGGCCUGAAAUAUGCGAAGACGUACUUGCCUGAGAAUGUGCGCGCCAUCCGCGCAUACAUGCCACAAGACGAUGACCUUGUACUGGUGUCCUACCUGAAAUGCGGCAACAACUGGCUGGAACAAAUCAUCGAACUAAUUCUUCACAGGGGGCAAAGUGCCGACAACUACGCCGAAUUUCACCGUUGGUGUCCAUACCCUGAGCUGACGGGUAUGCGCUACCUCGACGAGAUGCAGCCACCACGUUUUCUGAAAACGCACUUCCAGUACCAACAGCAGCUCAAGAACCCCAAGGCCAAGUUCAUCUACCUGACCCGCAACCCGCUCGAUGUCUGCGUCUCAUUCUACUACUACGUGCGGAACGGCCCAAUAUACGACUUCGCCGAUGGCACAUUCGACGAGUUCGUCCAUGCUUUCGUUGCCGGCGAAGUAGAGCGGGGAGACUACUGCGAUCACCUGCUCUCGUGGUACCCGCAUCGACACGAAGAAAAUGUGUUCUUUCUCACAUACGAGCAGCUAAAAAGCGAUUUUAGAAACACAGUUUUGUCCCUAGCAGGCUUCAUGGGUGAGCAGUACAGACGCAUGUUAGAAGAAGACCAAGACGUGUACCGCAACAUUGUUGAGAAGAGCAGCGUGCAGUACAUGUCCAAAGUAUGUUAUAUUGACCAGUCAACCAUGGCGAGGUUGACGGAGAAAGAUCAGCCUUUCGUGGACGCCGCUCACCGCUUCACGUUGGCGACUCCCGGCAAGCUCAAGGGUACGGGCAUCGUAAGAAAAGGUGUCGUAGGAGACUGGAAGUCGCACUUCACGCAGCGUCAUCUAGACCUGAUACGCGAGUGGAUUGCGAAGAGGAACGCCACCGCAUCAAUUCGAGAGAUCUGGGCCGAUAUGAACCUCGGUGGGAUUGUGUGAAUGCCGAGUCAAGAAAUAUUGGCGCGCAUGGACUUGGAAUUUAGCACCCUGAUUUCACUGUCAUCUCUGUGUCGUAUGUUGCGAGUAAACCUUCUCAUUGAACACUGAAAGGAAAUUCAAGUGGGCACUUUGAAUGCACACCACUUGAAUAAGGCACCAAGAUUGAAAGCUGGGCUUGUUGGUACGGAUCCAUGCUUAAGAACAAAACAGCGCGAAAAACACGGGGAUGACGAAAACGAGCAGACAACACAAGCACUGAACUCGUACCAAAAGGUUUAUUCUAGAAACAGCUGGCAUGUAUACAGUCAUGAGAACUGACUUAAAGAAAAUUAUCAGCGCAUGUCUAUACCGAAGAUUGACAUUUAAAAGCUUUAUGUUCAACGUGCGCAAACACGUACGCGUCUCCUAAUGUUCUUCAAUUCCUAAACAACCCCGGAUAUCAGCCAAUUUCUUUCGUGUU